AUGAGCGCCACCGCUGCGACGAAGGCCGCUCCGGCCAAGGCCAAGCCUAGCAUGAAGUACGUGCAGCUCAAGCGCGAGAAGAACAACUUCGUCCCGCCCAAGCCCUCGCAGAUCGACCGGGACGAGUCGGCCAGGUCUCGCGACUUUUGGGGCGUCCCGAUGCCAGACAUCCAGGGCGCGGUCGGCGGCUGGAUCGACGCCGCAGGCCAGGCGGCCAACGAGCACGUCCGCCCGCAGCUCGAGAAGUACGUCAACGACAUCAUCUACCAGGCAAACGAGCGAGGCAUGCUCACCAAGGUGGUGAAUGACGCGCUGCGAGCCCGAGCGAACGAGGACUCGCCAAUUAUCAUUCCGAUCACGCUGGGGCGGCUCAAGCUGGGCUUCCACUGGCCCGGCGCUAAGGCGGAUGGCGUGGAGGAGGACGUGGUGGGGGAAAUCCACUCGCUCGAGGCGCCCGCCGUAGCCAAAGGUUGGGAGGAGGAGCCUGUGAAGAACGUGAACCUCAACCCAAACUCGCUCGCCGCGAUGGCGACCAAUCAGGGGCCGCUGCGGCUCUCUCUCGAGAUGCCAAGGAUGGAGUUCUCGACGGCGGAGCAGCUGCGGAUGCGGGUGAUGUACGGGCUCUGCUGCGGGCCGCAGUGCUUCCCGGCCGCCUCGGCCGGCCUCUUCACCACCAAGCUCGAGGACAUCAAGGUAGAGUGCGAGUGGCGGCCGUUUGGCGGCGACGGCGAGGCGCCCAACGACCUCAACCUCAAGUUCACCCAGAUGCACGUGCAGGGCGUUGAAAACCAGUUCCGCGUCCUCGGCUGCAUCACGCCUGCCUGCAUGGGCUGCUUCUUCCCUGUCCAGCUCUCGGCACAGUCGCUGCUCGGCUUCGGCAAGGGCGACACUUUCUCCAUCCCAAACCCGAUCGAGUGGGCGCCGGAGAGCUUCCCGCUGCCCAAGCUCUGAAAUUGGAAAUUCAACCUGAGACGCAUGUUGUGUGCGAUUAUGGAGAAACCCGCCCCGCGGCUGCGAGAGACGCUCAAGACUCAAGUCCUGUCCCCUCGUCAAGCAGCGGAGCACGGUUGCGCGUCCGGUUUUGUGCCAGUGUUUAUUUCUGUACCGCCACGCCUGUGUUUACGUAUUAUUCUAACACCUAACGCGCCGGGUACACC